AUGUACAACAAUCUCAAAGACUCUCAGCAUGACUUUAUGUGGCCAGUACAUCACUCCACGGCCAGUGCUAGCAGUACAUCUUCGUCUUCACAAUCCGACACUACUGCCAAAUCAUUUUAUACUGGUGUAAACACAAUCCCACCUUCGCAUGGCCACCAACUAGAGGACAAUAUUUCUACGAUCACGGGAAGCUUCCGGACUGUCCUUAGCUUUGCGCCCGUAGACCCAAUGACAGUCGAAUAUCCAGAGUACAACCACCCUCAUGAUCUGCCUAUAGACGGCAAUUGCGACAACCGUCAUCUUGUGAAGGAAGAUCAGCCAACCUUCGACCUUACUGAUUCAUCUUUGAUUCAUCAAGCCCACAUUGCCCAGCUUCAAGCCGCGGCAGGAGGUUCUUCUCUUACACAUGGCGGGAUUUCUCAGAGUCAAGGUGUUGAUGUGGGUAUUCCUAUACCUCGAUACCGAGCUCCCGAAAGACAGAAGCGUGGAGCAAGACUGCAACGGUCGUUCGGAGAGGUUCCCAGAAGAGCUCAGGGCUGGCUCUCAGAGGCAAGUCUUGAUGUAAAUCCUCGUCAUCAUAUGCACCAUUCCCAGCGUCUUGGAGAAGCUACGGUUGAUGUCAUCGCCCUGCAUUCGGAGAUGAUACAGUUGAGGCAGCAAGUCGUCGAAUUAAAGUCCAUAAUCAAUGCCAGCAGCAUUUCUCAAGCAAAGCUAACCACUGAUACUACGCAAAGCAAAGGAGGGCUAAACCAAAAAUUAGGCAAGAAAUCCAGAGUUCGUCCUGUCAAGAGAUUAAUUUUCAUGGCUGCCGUUUGCCAGGAGAUCGAUGAUCUCCUGGGCCAUCCGAACAAGUACAAGUUUACCAGGUUGGCGACGCAGGAAGACAUCGAGACAUUUGAACCUCUCUGGAGAAACCGACGGGACAACUCUUUGGAAUGUUGCGAUAUUGACGAUUUUAAAGUUGACUUGUACACUAAUCCGAGCAGCGGCUGGAACAAUUCAGCGGGUUGGGUGUUUGCUCGCCAUUAUGCUGCCAAAGUCGAAACCGAUUUCAGCGUCCAGGACAUUCAAAGGCACUUCAUCACCCGGAUGCGUUCUCUUAAGAGAAGCUUCAAGGUCUAUCUGGAAAACGACGAAGAGAAAGCGAAGCUGCAGAAAUACCACCAAAGGUUGAACCGAAAGAAGGAUAAACUCCGUCGUCGAAUCACGAUUUGCGAAGAGGAACCGCUGGCAAGGCCACACUUAGGGAUAAUGCAAGGCUUAGGGCUCAAUGGAAUGUCGAGUGAAGAUUCGGACUACCCCCCGUCGCCAGAUGUGCCUCUUCGCAUACCCGGCCAAAAGCAGUUUGUUGUAUUGCGCCCAAUAUGGCGAGCACGAGAGAUUACACCAUGGAUUCAUAUCUUUGACCUUCUAUGGGCGCACAGGCGUGACGUUCAGGAGGACGGGCGCGGAAAGCAGCCCGUGUUUCGAAUCCGUAUGAUCCAUACUGUCAGUUACGACACCCCUAUCGUACAGGGUUUACAUCAUAAUGCCUAUGAUCUUCCAUGGAUCACAAGCCCGGCGGGGAACGAUACACAAUACAACCCUGUUAUGUACGACUUCACAUAUUCACCGGGACUGAUGCAGUAA